GAGGGAGGGCUGGCCGUGUCAGUGAUCAAUGUCAUGACUUCUUCCGCGGGCUGGAGCCGCAGCGGAGCGCAGCUGAAGGAAGCUGAUUGCUGCGGUGCGAACUGGCUGGGAACAAUACACACACACACACACACACACACACACACACACACACACACACGGCCGCGCACAGCGGCGCGCACUCGGGCGGACACGGCACGCACACACGCACAGCCGGGCACACGCGUCCCGCACGCACACACUCACAUCCCGCUCACACACACACACUCACAUCCCGCUCACACACAGACACUCAAACCCCGCACACGCACACUCACAUCCCCGCUCACACACACACUCACAUCCCGCUCACACUCCCUCACAUCCCGCACACCCUCCCUCACAUCCCCGCGCACACGCCCGCCCGGACGGACACGCCGCCCAUAACAAGUACACCCGCACCGGCAGCCCGCACCCUGGCUCCCGCUCCGCCGCUCCGCGCCCGGGGGGAAGAUGAGCUCGGGGGACGUGGUUUGCACUGGAUGGCUCAUCAAAUCCCCCCCCGAGAAGAAACUCAAGAGAUACGCCUGGCGGAAGCGCUGGUUCGUGCUGCGCAGGGGCCGCAUGAGCGGGAACCCCGAUGUGCUGGAAUACUACAGGAACAACCACUCCAAAAAGCCCAUCCGCAUCAUAGACCUCAAUGAGUGCGAGGUGCUGAAGCACUCGGGGCCCAACUUCAUCAAAAAGGAAUUUCAGAACAACUUUGUCUUCAUCGUGAGGACCACCUACCGCACCUUCUACCUGGUAGCCAAGACUGAGGAGGAGAUGCAGAUCUGGGUGCGCAAUAUCAGCCAUAUCUGUAACUUUGGACAUCUGGAAGAUGGCACAGGUUCUGUGGAGAGCCUGUCUCACACGACCUCGUCCCCACAGCCCUCGCCGGCCGCCUCCACGCACGCCUCCCGCAUCGCCGACCCCUCCUUCUCAGUGGAGCACGCUGCUGCUGAUGCUGCAGCUGAGGAGACCCCCAGCGAGUCUGGGUCAGUCUUCCUCCCUGACUACCUCUUCCUGUCCAACUGCGAGUCGGGCAAGCUCAGCCACAACAGGUGUGACAGCUGGUCAAAUUCAGACAGAUCUCUGGAGCAAACAUCAUCAGACGAUGUUUUUGUUGACUCCUUGCAAUCCCAGCCCUCCUUGUACCUUGUACAGCCAACCAGUGCUGGCGCUGUGCACCAGGUCGGCGCCCCAGUGGCAAAUCCCAGCAUGGUGUCCAGGAGCACAGACGUUAGUGGACCAUCCAGUGACUUUUCCUCCUCUUCCCCACUGCUGGGGACGCCGCUGACACCGACAUUUCAGAUUGACAAGAGCCAGAAGGCGCUGCCCUAUGGGGUAACACAGCUGGACGUGCUGUCCAACACGCCACCGCCGCGGCCGCCCAAGCCAACGCACUUCUCGGACAGGAGGGGAGAGGAGCUGGGCAGCGGGGCCCUGCAGAACGGGCACGCAGGGAUCUGCCGGCCUCAGGUCGCUCUGGUGCCUAGAAGGAUCUCCUUGUCCAGCUUGGACAACAUGAGGAACUGGAAAGCAGACAUGGAAGGCAGUUCCCUAAGAAGUCGAGAUAAGAGGCUUAGCUUGAAUUUGCCGUGCCGGUUCUCCCCGCUGUACUCGCCGGCCGCGGACAGCGCUGAGGACAGCUACGUGCCCAUGCGCCCCAGCACCUCUCCCUCCGACUGCUCUCCCGACGGAUACAUCCCCAUGAGCCCCGGCUCGGCCACCUUCACCUUCCCCGUCGUCAGCACUGAAAAACUCACCAGCCCCUUGCCUGAGCUUCCCUCUGACGUGGAGCCCCCUCCAGUGAACCGGGACCUCAAGCCUCGUAGGAAGUCACGACCACCUCCUUUGGACUUGAGGAACCUCUCCACAAUCCGGGAGCAUGCUGCCGUGACCAGGAUGUGGACUGUGCCUUACAAUCGAAUGAGCUUUAUCUCACCAGAAAGAGACGGUAUUAAUUCAGCAAGAAUAUUUGCCAAUUCAGUUUCCGGAGAAGAGGAAGAAAGUUACAUUCAUAUGGAACACAGACAGGCCACCUCUCCAUACAGUGGUGCUUUUCCAUGGACAAGGAAAUCUAACCUUGAUUACUUAGCACUGGAUUUUAACUCUGCUUCCCCAUCCCCUGUGCAGAAGAAACCUUUUCUGUCUGAGGAACAGAGAGUGGACUAUGUCCAAGUAGAUGAACAGAAGACUCAAGCUUUACAGAACACUAAGCAAGAAUGGACAGAUGAAAGACAAUCAAAAGUAUAAAGGAAGAUUUGGGAUCUGGAGGGAUUUUUUUUGCACUGGAACCACAAUGUUAAUGAAGCAGCUAUCACAGUAGAGCUCAAAGGCAGAGUUGUAAGAUGCUUACAGACUGUAGAGGCAUUUUUACUGGAAACCUUUGAUUUCAGCUGGAAAAAGUAUGUUGAGUGAGUGAGUGGUUCACUGAUGACUAAAGUAAUGCAUUAGCCUUUUUACUGCCCUUACCAGUACGCUCCAUGGUACCAUUUUCUGGCAUGAUUCUGCAACGAGUCAUACACUUAACGUUAACAAAUCCACUACAAGUUGUAUUAAUCUAGUUCAUCCUGCCUUCUCCUUCUGUUGCAUAAUUCCUAGUUGCUAAAGCUAUUUUUUGAUAUUCCUACAAAUGCUGCAGGUGCUCGGAGUACUUUUAUGGCAACAGGCAUCUGACAGGUUUUGGUGACUAAUCAACUAAGGGCUAAAAUACUGAAACAAUAAUAAAACUUUUUGAAUAUAUAGUGCUUAAGCAAAGAGAAUUUUGAAAACUAUUUUUCCCCUGGGUUUAAAAGGUCUGGCUGUGAGCUGAUGCUGUCAGAACUCAAAACAGGACUACGUGCCCAUGCGACUGGAAUGCAUGGUCUGACCCUCUGGAUGAUGGUCAUUGUAUUAAGCUUCUUCCCUCCAUUGUGGCUCAUACGUGUCACUUUUCUGUCUGAUUCCUACUGAUGCUUUCUCCCCUGUCUUGGGAAGUGUCGUUGGCACAGCACAGCUGCUCUUCUAGCAGGAGACUGCAGCCACACAGCUCUUGGCUGGCCAAAAAAUAGAAAGGGAAGCUGUGAGCCUGUUUCUGCAAGCCUUGAGAGAACUGGCAAAGGAUCAAGACUGCUUUCAUCUGAACGGCAGAAGGAAUGCCAUUGGAAUGCUGGUAGCAGUCGUCAAUCUGAUUGUUUGACUAGACCCACCCCAAAAUAAAAAAGAGCAUUAGGAAGUGCAGCGUGCUCUGAGAGGCCGGGAGCCUGCCAAAACAGGACAACAAUGUGCUCACGCAGCGUGAGGACCUCUGGGCUCAGGAAGCUUAUCUACCUUGGGACUUGUUACAGGCACUAUCUCAGGAUGACACAUGUGUACAGUUUAUAAGAUAUUUAACUUUAAACGCUUGGCUGUGGUCUGUAUUCUACAGUGGCACACAGCCACUUGGCUCAUGGAAGUAGGCAGUGGUGCUGAGUGACCCACACUGGAUUUGGUCUCACGGGCUUUGCUCCUGUAGGUGAGUCCCAGUAGCCAUAAGAGGUCUGAUCCUGUCAACAUGGACAGACAGGACCCUCAUAAAAGAUUUCUUCUCUGACAGUGCCAAUUCGCUGGCCUCCCUUCAUGUGCCUGUUGUUACCACAUUGCAUUGCUGUAACCUGACAUCCUAAAAAUUCAAAUCUACCAAACAGAGGUCACAGAAAUGGCAUUGCAGAAACCACUGGCAUUUCAAGGCUCCUACUCAACUUGUUCCUUACACUCUGUGUGCUCUGAUCAUUCAGGCACUCUGGGAGGCCAUCGCACAUCCCGUGGGAGAGGCAGCACAGCUAACAGAAACACAGUUUUCCUCCUACCUCAAGAGAGCUGCAGGGCUUGCAAGUCUCACUGCUUCUUUAGCCCAGCCCCUGGGGAUCUGUUAUGGCCAGGAUCUCACUAGGUUACCCUGCAAGAACAAGGUUCACCAGCACCUUUGGUGCCUGGGGCAAACUGUACACCCAGGCCUGUGUGCAUGAAGUGUCCUGGCCUAGAGCUGCUUGGAAAUGCAGGGUUAGUCCUGCAGAUAGCUGACCUGCUGUUCCCUCCUGCCCUGCUCCUCCCUCCCUCACCAAAGCUCUCAAAGUUGAUGUUCAUAAAAAUUUUGAAAAUAGUUCCAACUUUUCCACAUGCACCUUGUCUGUCUGGUUUAAAAUUUAGUUUGUUAAAACCCAGCUGUUUUGUCCUCUAACUGAUUUAGCAGAGCUGGGAGCACCCAUGCCUUGGGAGUGAUAUUGUUACAGGGGCAGGGCACUUGGGGAGAGGCAGUGGAGAUCUGCACCUGCACAGAGAUGUUAGAGAGAGGGAAGCGUGGAAGUGCCACAGAUACUGUGGAUACUGAGAGACUUUUGCCUUUCUGCUCAAAAGAAUUGCCUUUCUUUCAAAGUGUGCAAAUAAUACAUGUCACUGAAAGCUCUUGGUAUGUGCUGAUGUACUGAAAGGGUUAAAAGAUCAGCUAAAAGGCAUUUUAAAUCACAGACAGACAACCUCCACAAAGGGUGAGAGAAGUUAUGUUCUGCAACUGCAGGUCCCAGAUUGCAGAGUGAUGGCAGUGCAGCCUCUGAUGCGGAUCAGAAUCACAUACAGAUCAGCUCAUGUUUGACUGGAGUGUUUCCUUUCAUGCUGUCAGAAAAUCUUCUGAAGUGGAAAAACACCAAGUUAUUGGAGACAACUGACUCACUUGUUAUUCUAGUUUAUUGUAAAAAUAUUUAAACUUCAACAAACCUGGCUAACGGAUCAUUCAGAAGUUUAGAGAAGAAAGAGCUGUAUCUGGAUUUUUACUCCCCUAAAAGGACAUAAGCAUAUAGCUUGGCAGGGACUGUCCUUAGAGGAGAAUGGCCCCUUUCAACUUCCCGUGUCCCCUGCUUGCCCUCACAAUACUCUUAUCUUGAUCAAAUGCUGCUCACUGGUUUCUAACUUUUAACUUAGAGCUAAAUUUGAGGGUUUAUUCUGAUUUUUCAUGUAAUGUCCUUUACCAGCUGCUUCAGGGCCCAUGACAUACAUUCUUGUACAGGUAAAACACAUGAAACAGGAAAAAUUAAAAAAUACUGGGAAAAAAAAAUUAAAAGCAGAGCAGUCCUUCUCAAAGGCUUUUUUCUUUUGUUUUGGUCAAAUUCCACAAUACUUCAAAGAGGGUUAAGAGGAGCAGGAUGGUGGGAGGAUGGCAAAGCCAGAUCUGCUGGGGCCACCUUACCACUAAGGAUUUGGGUGUGAGGGGAGCAGCAGCAGCCACGACUGUGGGCCAGUCCCACAGAGCAACUGCUGGGAGUGCAGGAGUGUUACAGAGCAAAAAGGAGUUACUGUUCAGUUAAGUCUGUUCUUAAAUCCUAAUCCCUUGGCCAAGAAGGAAAGUAAACAUGAAAACUGAGUCAGCUUUUGACAAUGCCAUGUCUGAAAAUAUAGCCCAGGCCAGAGCCCUUGGUUAGUACUGGCUCUGGGGCCAGCCAGGCGCGCUCCUGAUGGUGUCCUAUUGUUGCCAUGGGUCUGUUACUUGCAUGUAUUUUUUCCAGAAGUGUGAUGAGAGCUGAUGCAGAGAGAUGCUCUGCACCUAAAUGAGCACAGAGUGGCCAGUGGUCCCUUAGCAAACUCUGCUGAGGGAAUUGGCAUUGCCCAGCCCAGGUAUUGUAGUGCCUUCUCCAGCACUGCUGGGGCCUCUCAUUAAAAAUAGGGAGAGCACUAAAUGAGCAGCACAGUUUUAGUUUAAUUGGAAAUGUCACCUUGUGGAGUUGCUGGAUGAAGCUUGGUUGCAGGAUGACGUGGAAGACAACCAAGCUCAAUGGUUUGAGUCCUGUGGUUAUUGUUGGGGCCAUCAGCUGGUUCCCCCCACUGAUGUGUUUAAUAUGGCCUUACUCUCUCCUUCAGUGACUGCACAUUUGACCGAGGCAUGGCAGGUCCACAACUCAUUUUCUUUUUGGACUAAACUACGUUUCACAUUUAUAACCCCUUUAUGACAGGAGGCAGCAUUAAUUUCCUUACUGGCAGAAAUGAACACUUGACCUGAGAAAUGCCAGCAGCCAUGUAUAACUGGAGCAAGGUGUUUUCAGCCAGCUCACUUUGCCAGUGGUAGCACUUGCUUUCUUCAUUGUCACUAACUACAUCCUAGAUGUAGAUUUCGGGGUUGCAUUCACUUGCAGUAAUUCAGAACUUUAAUAAUUCAAAGACCAUCAGAUGCUGUGAUGAGAAUGAAGUACAGGGCAAUGCCUUCCCUUUGUCCCCCUCUUCCGCAAAACUUGCUCAGGUUUAAAAAAAAUGAAAGCCACCAAAAUAGCAGACAUUUGCCAUGUCAAAGCCAGGAUAUUUUUUGUUUUCAAACAAAAAUAAACUUUUUUCUUGUGCAAAUGAAGCAUUAUACAUUUUUUUGUAUUUGUAAAUCUGUGGGGAAGCAUUAAACAGUCAUCUCUGUUAUGAAGGGACAAGUCAUUGCUAGAGGGAAGGGGCUCACCUUCCUCAUGUUUCAUUGUAAUGUUUGGUGUAUAUAUUUGCACAUUAAACUGUAUCUUUUUUCUAAUAAAUUAAUAUAAAAUGUA